UCCUGAGACUGCCUCACAGGGGUGUCCAGUGCCGGCAGCGAGGGCCAGAGGAAGGCAGGCGGGCCAAGGUGGGAGAGACACAGCAAAGGAACAGCAGCGAGAAAGAGAAAGACUCCAGAAGAGACAAGAACCCCCCCCAACAUUCGUCCACGUCGCCGCAGGGGGCAAGCAGAGCCAGCCGGGGAGAAGGUCUGCUGCCCGCCCGUCCCCAUGGGCCGCCGUGGGCCAUGGCUGCACACGUCUGUCCUCUGGGCUGCCGUGGCCAGCCUGCUCCUCCCUCCGGCCAUGACCCAGCAGCUGAGAGGGGCUGGGCCCGGCCCCAGCAACUGGAACAACAAUGCAGGCGUCUCCUCAGAGGACAUGUCAGGUGAGUUUGGCCACCCCACCCACAGCCACGGAGGCCGCGGAGACGAGAGCGAGGGUGUUUUCACGGCCAGUGGGCCUCCGUUCUGGAGCCACAGAGACCGCGGGGAAGAGGACGAAGAUGUCUCCGGGGAAUAUGGUCACCGACUCCAAGGCCACAGGUCCCAAGGCCGCCAGGCCGGAGACGAGAACGUUUCUGAUGAGGAGGCCUUCGCAGACCGUGGCCGUGGGAACGAUCACGUGGAUGAUUCGGCGGCGCAUGGGCACCACUUCCCCAGCCACGGGAGCCACGGCCAUCACGACGAGGAUGAGAACGAAGUUGUGUCCAGUGAGUAUCAACAUCACAUGAUGAGGCAGGUACACCGAGGCCACGGAGAAGAAGAAGAUGAUGAUGAUGGUGAUGAUGAUGAUGGCUCUAAUGAGUAUGGCCUCCAGGCCCACAGGUCCCAAGCCCACAGGAAGGAAAAAGAUGACGAUGACUCAGAUGAACACCACCACCAUGUCCCUGGCCAUGGACACCAAGGCCACAAAGAAGAAGAAGAAGAUGAUGAUGAUGAUGACGAUGAUGAUGAUGCCUCCACUGAGUAUGGACGCUGGGCGUACAGGCACCAAGACCACAGCGAGCAAGAGGAGGAAGAUGAGUCAGAUGAGGAUGAACACCACCACCAUGUCCCCGGCCACAGACCCCAAGGCCACAGAGAAGAAGAAGAUGAGGAUGAGGAUGAUGAGGAGGAUGCCUCCAUCAAGUACGGACACCUAGCCCCCAGGCACCAAGGCCACGUGGAGGACGAGGAUGCAGACUCGGAGGAGCACCGCCAUCAUGCCCCCAGCCGCGGACAUCCAGGCCAUGGAGACAGGGAAGACGAGGGUGAGGAUGUGUCCACGGAACAUUGGCUCCGGCUUUCCAGACAUACUCCCCACGGCCUUGGAGAUGAGGAGGAGGAGGAGGAGGAGGAGGAGGAGGAGGCCACAGUCAAGUUCAGUCACCACGUUGCCAGCUCCCAACCGCCAGGCUCCAAGAGCACCGAGGAGGAGUACCUCCCAGACGAGUACAAAGCAGGGGUCCCCCGCCAUCACCCCCACGCAGUCCCCGAGGAGGAAGACGAGGACAGCUCUGCCCAGCUGGGCCACCAAGCCCCCAGCCAUCAUCAACAAGGCCACGGCGAUGAAGAGACCGGCCAGAGAGUGCCCAUCAAAGACAUUAGCCCCCAGGCCCCAGAGCGCACCGGGGCCAAGGACAGAAGCCAUUUGGGGGAAAGCGAUUCUGAGGAGGAAGAGGAAGAGGAAAAAGAAGAGGAGCACAGCUCCCAGGAGGAAGAUGAGGGAGAUUCAGAGCAGGAAGAAGGCCCCCACCGAGGCAGCCGGGCCCAGGAGGACGAGGAAGAUGAGGAGGAAGGCCAUGGCCUCCGCCUGAGCCAGGAGGAGCAGGAGGAGGAGGAGCAGGAGGAUGAAGAAGAAGAGGAGGAGAGGAGAGAAGAGAGGACUGAGGUUCAGGCCCCACGGAGCCAAGACCACCGCCGCGAGGAAGACGAGGAGGAGGAGGAGGAGGGGCUGGAGGAAAACCGGCUUCCGUUCACCAUCAUCCCCAACCCACUGGCCAGGAGGGAGGUGGCUGGAGGUGGCCCCAGCGAGGGAGAGAGUGGUGAAGCCGGUCCCCAGGACGCCCAAGAGUACGGCAACUACCAGCCAGGGUCCCUGUGUGGCUACUGCUCCUUCUGCAAUCGAUGCACUGAAUGUGAGAACUGCCACUGUGACGAGGAGAACAUGGGAGAGCACUGUGACCAGUGCCAGCAUUGCCAGUUCUGCUACCUCUGCCCGUUGGUCUGCGAAACUGUCUGCACCCCGGGAAGCUACGUGGACUAUUUCUCCUCGUCCCUGUACCAGGCCCUGGCGGACAUGCUGGAAACUCCGGAACCCUAACUCGGCCGCGCGGCUGCGGCGCAGACGUCCCUCCCUGGCCCUCCAGCACCUUCCCACGAGCCAUAUUUAUUUCUCUGAAUAAACGUGAACCCCUAAACCUCACUGUCAGGCGUAGGGUCUGGCUUCCCGGGGCACCGAGGGACUCGGGACUCGCGGGUCAGAGGACGCGGAGCCCGUGCUCCCGGGGCCUCGGGGCGGGUGGUCGGUUGCAGGUCCUGAUGAAUAAACCAGUCAACACGG